GCAACGACGCGCGGCUAGGGACUUGCGCUGAUGGCACAGCAGCAGCAGCAGUAGUAGGCAGUAGUAGUAGGCAGUGCUGCGGCAGAUACAGUCACCCCUCUACCACUACCACAGCAGACGGAGACUCGAGCCUUGCGACGCUCUCUCCUGUUAUACCCAGCAGCAGUUCGCUCUAUCUAUAUCUCUCGCACGGACGCAAGCGUCUGCUGUGCGCUGCUUCUCUCUCGCGUGCCCGGUGAACUUUUUGCCAUUUCUCGGGGCCUCCUUAUUCUCCUCUCCUACUCUCUCUUCCUCUCUCUCUCCAUGGCAUGGGCGGCCAUCUAUUCUCGCUUCGAACGACACUCAGGUGUGAGACUACCGUCCCGGGAGCCUCUUUACAUAUAAACAGUGCGUUGUGAGACUCUCGACUGCUCGAGACGUUGCAAGAGGAUCCCUGUCUCUGUACCCAUUGACAACCUAUAUACCCAGUGCGCGUAAUACUAUACCAAUCCGAACGGUUUAAAUGCCGAUCGUUGUUUGUCGCUAAAGUGUCGUGUCCAUUGAGGAAAUAAAUGAAAAAACAGUGCGCGAAGCUGCGAGGACUAUAAUAAUAAAAUAUACACACGAUAUAAAACUGUUCGCGUGAGACGCGAGAGUGAGAUCGAAAAGAAAAACAGUGUUGAUCGUUCAUCGCGUAAUACGAGACGCGCUCGAAUUUUUUGUUAUUGUUGUGUCCGUUGCUGUUGGUUUUCUCGAGUGCGUAAGCGAACGGCCUCACGACGCGUUCCGACGAGUGGAACAGUCUGCUGCCCAGCUCCACGUUGGUGGGCGCUGGGGGCACGCCAUGGCUCGGCCUCGGCGCAGCGGCGGCGGGUGCCGGAGGCACGGGGACCAGCGCGGGCGCGGGCAGCCCCGUCGAGCUCGAGGGCCACUGGGGCCGCAAGCUCUACGGGGCCAGCGUGGCGCCGCCCCCGCCCGCCACGCACCACCAUCAUCCGCGCACGCCACUGGUGUUCGCGCCCCAGGACAUGAGGCAGAUCCUGAAGGAGGAGCCCGUACCCAGGGCCUGGCCACAGCCGACGCUCGCCGACAAUAACGGAACGGUGCUUGGCAGGGCGCACUUUGAAAAGCAGCCACCGAGCAAUUUGAGAAAGAGCAAUUUUUUUCACUUCGUCAUUGCCCUGUACGAUCGCUUGGGUCAACCAAUUGAGAUCGAGAGGACGGCGUUCAUUGGAUUUGUAGAAAAAGAUCAGGAAACAGAUGGCCAAAAGACCAACAAUGGGAUACAAUACAGGCUGCAGCUUCUUUACUCAAACGGUGUCAGACAGGAACAGGACAUAUUUGUUAGACUCAUUGAUUCAGUCACCAAACAGGCUAUCAUGUACGAGGGACAGGACAAGAAUCCGGAGAUGUGUCGCGUUCUUCUGACGCACGAAGUCAUGUGCAGCCGAUGCUGCGACAAGAAGAGCUGCGGCAACAGAAACGAGACGCCUAGCGAUCCUGUCAUCAUCGAUCGGUUUUUCCUAAAAUUCUUCCUCAAGUGCAAUCAAAACUGCUUGAAGAACGCCGGAAACCCCAGGGACAUGCGAAGAUUUCAGGUCAUCAUCAACACUGCGGUGACGGUCGAUGGACCAAUGCUGGCCAUCUCUGACAACAUGUUCGUACACAACAACAGCAAACACGGCCGCCGAGCGAAGCGGCUGGAUCCGAGCGAUCCGUCGGAAUACAAUGCGGGGCUGUAUCCACCCCUGCAAAUGGCUUCGCCCUGCAUAAAGGCCAUGUCGCCGAGCGAGGGUUGGACAUCGGGCGGCUCGACCGUCGUCAUAAUUGGCGAUAACUUCUUCGACGGGCUUCAAGUCGUCUUCGGCACCGUGCUGGUCUGGAGCGAGCUAAUUACGCCACACGCGAUGAGGGUUCAGACGCCACCCAGACAGAUACCCGGCGUCGUGGAGGUCAUAUUGUCGUACAAGGGCAAGCAGUUCUGCAAGGGAGCACCGGGACGCUUCGUAUACGUGUCACUGACAGAGCCGACGAUCGCCUACGGCUUCGAGCGCCUCCAGAAGGCCAUACCGCGCCAUCCGGGCGACCCCGACAAGCUGCCCAAGGAGAUCAUACUGAAGCGCGCUGCUGACCUAGCCGAGGCUCUGUACGGCGUGGGCGGCCGCGGUCCGGUGCCACCGCCGCGCAGUCCGGGCUCGAACGUCGGCCACUCCUCGGCGGUGCAGUCGCAGCCGCCGACCUCGACGACCUCCGGGGCGACGGCCUUCAACUCGUACUCGGGCCAGCUCGCCGUGACCGUGCAGGAGAACGGCGCGUCAUCCAAAUGGACCGACGGUUCGUUUAACAAUAACUUUUGUUACGGCACGCAGCAGUCGGCCCAGAAUGCACCGGGUAGCGCUGGCGGCGGCGGCAGCUCGGGUGGCAACACCAGCAACAGCAGCAACGGGAGCGCCGGUGCGCCACCUGCCGAGGCGUAUCAUCGCCAGAGCAGCAGCGCCAGUCCCCGGGGCCACAACAACAGCAACAACAGCAACAACGGAGGCUCCAACGGCUACUGCGGAGGUGGUGGCGGUGGCGGUGGUGGCUCGGCCGCGAGCACGCCCCACAGCCACAGCGCCAGCAGCUACUCCGUGGGCAGCAAUCCGUACGCGGGCAGCCCGACCCUCUACACGUCUCGUAAGUCCUCAGACGAAGAGUACUACAAUUAUUAUUAUUCGGAAGAUUUAAAUCAGUCGGGCUGCUACGAAGACGUGCAGUCGUACGAGCACUUUUUGGCACAGCACAAUCCACAACAACAGCUACAACAACAAGCACACAAUUACAUAUCGGACUCUGACAGUAGCUUGAUAGAGGCGCAGGCCGUCGCUGCGACGAGCUACUAUCAGAGUUACGGCGGCGGCGUGCCGUGCCACGACAACCAGCUUUAUCACACGGUCACACCACAGCAAUACUAUACACAGCUUCCAACCACACACGCAGCUCAACACUUUGUCCAAUGAUAUAAUGAUAUUUAGUUAUUUUCUGCCUGACUUUUAACCGCACACACACACACGCUUAUAUGAUAUCACACGCACAAGACUCGAAAUGCACAAGACACUGGAGAUGCAGCAACAGCACCGCAGCUUUUAUUUUUUCUCACUCUCUUCACCAACGUCUCUCUCUCUCUCUUGCGUUCGUUGAUUUUUACGUUUUUGUUCUUAUGGUUUUAGCGCACGAACAGUACGGGAUUUUCUAUACGUCCGAAGGUAGCAGCGCAUUCGCACCUGUAGUCCGACCGCCGACUACCUCGGUCCCGCCGCACUG